AGCUGCUUUGCGUUCCUGGCACAGAGUACCUGCUUGCGCCAGCCAUCUCUUGAGUGCUCUUGGCUCGUCCCUUAUCUCCUGCUCUCCACGGUGGAGCCCUUUCCAGAGCUGGAACUGCAAAGCCUGUUUUCAGGGCAAUCGGGGGUUAUUUGUCUGUGUUGUGUUGGUAAUCUGAUCUCCUGGACGGGCACUUGUUUUUUCUUCCCCCCCCCGCCUCCCUCCGUGCGCCCUGCGCUCCCAGAGAGAGCCUUCCUGCUUAAACCGCUUCCCCCGCAGCAUUUCCAAGGCUGUAGUGGCGCCCACCCAGGCUUAGGGACAACUCUAGAGACUUUCUUUACACAGCGCCCAUCACCAUCAGGGAGCAAGGCAACAUCUACAAGCCCAACAACAAGGUCAUGGCAGAUGAAAUGAACGAGAAGGAGUUCCAUGACGUUCACACCAAAGAGAUUGACCUGGUCGACCGAGACCCCAAGCAUCUCAACGACGAUGUGGUCAAGAUUGACUUCGAAGACGUGAUUGCCGAACCUGAGGGAACCCAUAGUUUCGACGGGGUCUGGAAGGCAAGCUUCACCACCUUCACUGUGACAAAAUACUGGUUUUAUCGCUUACUGUCUGCCCUCUUUGGCAUCCCCAUGGCUCUCAUCUGGGGCAUCUACUUUGCCAUUCUGUCCUUCCUCCACAUCUGGGCAGUGGUGCCCUGCAUCAGGAGCUACUUGAUUGAGAUCCAGUGCAUCGGCCGAGUCUAUUCUAUCUGCAUCCACACCUUCUGCGACCCGCUCUAUGAGGCUAUUGGCAAAGUGUUCAGCUCCAUCAGAGCAACAGUACGGAAAGAAGCAUAACUGACGUUUCGAGGAGCCUGAAGGGAGGGUCUUCUCCCCUCCCCUCCAUAUUUUUUUUUGUGCCAGUCCCAAGGCUAUAUCAACGAUGAACAAAACAACUGGCGCACGUCAUCUAAUGAAGCAACCAACCUGAGUGCAGCAAAGAAUCACUUGCCCAAAUUUCCCCCCUACUUAAUCUCUCCUGGAAUUAUAUCUUCCCUUCUUUUUUCAGGAGGGAUCUGCAUAUUUUUUUUAAAGGCCAAAUAUAAAAAUUGCUGCUCUCCCAUUCCUAGCUGCCUAUUGUUUUGCUGACCCUUUGACGAACUGACUCAUGUUCUGCUUACCCUUUCCGUUCAUUUGUUGCAAGUUCAGUUCACAACGCUAUAAAAUAAAGAACCGAAACAUUGCUUUCCA